AAGUUACUGCAUUUGUACUGGUGUAGUGGACUAUUGGACCUAUACAUUCAUGGAUCUUCGUGAUCGGGAUAUCCGUGCGGAAUUUGGUGUGCGACCGUGUUUGUAUACUGGACUUGGUGAUCCAAUACAUCCUACACCCUGGACAAGUGGACAGGCUGCUACCCUAUCAUCCAAUUUAAAUGCUGUCGACUAUCCUCACCCCGUGGCCGAGGCCAUCGCGAAAGGUAUCGGUGAAGAACAGCGUAUGAAAUCACUCGCAGCCACAGAGGGUUUGCACGCCCCACUUCGCCUGGCGAUGGAAAAACGCAUAAUGAAACGAAUCCAACCAAGGCUACCUGGACUGCAUUCACAUCAUCCUUUGGCAGCUCAGCUAGAUGGUACUUUGGACGACAUUGAUGUUGUGGACUUUCUUAAUCCUCCAGAGGACGCCGAAGUUGUUGGAAUGCCGCAUCUUUUGAUGGAACGCCGUCUGGGAAUCCUGUGAUUUCAACUCGUUCACCGUAACCGGAUACUUUCUUGGUUUCGGAUGUUUCUGCUUAGCUGGAUUUAUCCACUCACUGAAGAUUGUUGUUGUCUAACAUGAAUUCCAUUCGCAUAAUUGGUAUGUCUUUUCCUUCUUGUUCCCCAGCCCCUACUGUCAUAUUAUCCGGGCGAAGUCAAAUUCAC